CGGUAAUCGCAGGCCACAUUCCGAUUUCUACGUAUGUUGUCAUAUUCUUUUCACCUGGGUAAUAAAUAGACGCCUUUCUGGCGGGGUUCCCCGGCAACGUCGGACCUACCUUCGGAGAGAGCAGGACUAAAGCUGAGGUGGAUCAUCACUUUUGAAGCUGCAGGCGACGGAAAGCUCUGCCAUUUGUCGAUAACUUCAUAUGUAGUUGAAGGUUUUUCGAAGUUACAUUCCUCUUGCUUCUCGUUUCUCUAAGUCUACAACUCUCCAGGAAAAAGUCCCUUUAGUCUUUAGAACACCGACUUCCACCCUCUUCCACAAUGCCUACCAAAUCAGUCCAUCCGGACCUCGUAAUUAGCGAGUGCAAUAUACUCGACUGGCUUUUCCCAGAUGAGGCGUCUAUCUCUGAAACUCCGGUGUGGAUAGAUGCUUCAGACUCGUCCCAUUCUCUAUCUCCCAAGCAACUGGUCGGUUGGGUGAAGCGUUUUGGACUUGGCCUCCAACAAAUGGGAUUUACCACCGGCGACUCUGCUCUCAUCUUCAGCUACAACCAUAUAUUCAUUCCUGUUGCGUACUUGAGCACCGUGUGUCUUGGAGUUGCGUUCUCCGGCGCAAGCCCCGCGUUCACAGUUGCAGAGCUUGCCCAUCAGAUACGAACCGUGAAUCCCAAGAUUGUGUAUGUGCAUCCGACUUUAGCGAAGACAGCAAUUGCUGCUAUGAAAGAAGUUGGACUGCCAUUGGAUAGGCUAUAUCUUGCUUCUGAUACCCCCUGCGAAGAGACAGAUGGUUUGAAAGAUUGGCGGAGCAUUCAAGCUAGCGAACAGGAUGCUCGACAUUGGAGAUGGCCCGCUUUUACUAAGGAACAGUCGCGCAAGAUAGUGGGGACGAUCAAUUUCUCGUCGGGUACAACGGGUCUACCGAAGGGUGUUGCAGUAUCGCAUUUCAAUCUGAUAAGCAACGUCAGUCAGAUCCAGUCGAUCUAUAACUACGCCAAGGACGAGACAUGGCUGGGGUUUCUCCCUCUCUAUCAUGCGUAUGGCCAAUGCUAUGCCGUUCUGAUUGCUACGAAAAAUAACAUACCCAUCACCAUCAUGAAGCAAUUCAACUUGGAGCAGUACCUCCGUCUCAUUGAAGAGAAACGCCCCACCCGCCUUCAAGCCGUGCCACCCAUCCUCGUCAUGCUAGAUAAGCGACCGGAAGUCGCUAAGUAUGAUCUCAGCAGUGUGAAAGAGAUCCUCUGCGGCGCUGCUCCACUUUCUCGCGAACUACACCAUGCGAUUGAGAACAAACUGAACGUUCGAGUCACUCAAGGUUGGGGGAUGUCGGAAACGACGUGCGCGGGUACAGGUGUUCCUUAUCACAAGGAGCCGAUAACGGGAAGCGUCGGUCUCCUGCUGCCCAACACCGUAGUGAAGCUGGUCGAUGAUGCAGGAAAAGAAGUAAAGCUGGGUGAGAGGGGAGAGCUCCUCGUCCAAGGCCCUCAGGUAGCUUUGGGAUAUUGGGGCAAUAAGAAGGCCACGGACGAAACGUUCGUCGAUGGCUGGCUGACCACGGGCGAUAUUGCGAUCAUGAAUGCGGAGGGCUACAUCUGGAUUGUGGACCGGAUCAAAGAAUUGAUCAAGGUCAAUGCCCUGCAAGUCAGCCCGGCGGAGUUGGAAGCGGUCCUGAUCGAAAACCCGAAUAUUGACGAUGCAGCAGUGGUUGGAAUCACCCUAAACGACGAGGAACGGCCGCGAGCGUACAUCACACUUGCAGAGUCCGCGAGGGGCAAAAUCACAGAAGCACAAGUCCAAGAGUGGAUCAAAUCCAAGGUUGCGAAACACAAGUGGCUGGCAGGGGGAGUCGUACUCGUCCCCGAGAUCCCCAAACUUGCGAGUGGGAAGAUCCAGCGCAAAGUGAUGCGACAAUGGGCGAAGAGAGAUGCCGAGAUAAUUGAAAGCAGAGCAAAGGCUAAACUAUAGAAGUUGCGAUAGAAGCAGCAUAGAUUUUACAAGACGAGCUCACAAACUUCGGGGUACGGCUAGAUUCUUGAGAACAGGGGCGCCUCACGUCCUCCCCUGAACAAAUCCAAC